GUCAGAGGUGAGCGCACUCCUAGCUGUGCAGGCGCAGCUUUAUAAUCCCCCUCCUCUGACCGCCGAGAGUGCCUCCCAGCCAUCGGACCCACCCUUUUUCUGUGUCAGAGCCUGAGACCCCAACUCUGAGUGUCUCCUGAACAGGCCAGAUGUCUCAGGAGAGCUGAUUUCAAUCCAGAACUUCUUAAGAGCUGGUACAUAGGUUCCAGCUGACUACACACAAAACGGGGCUGUUUGAUUUGGCUUUUGUUUCGGGGUUUCACAUGCAUAGGCUGAGGCAGUGUGAGGCAUCCACAGUUCAGUUGUGGUCAGUGAACUGUGUCUGCCAGCCUAUAUAAGCCCCUGGCAGUGCACCCAAGCUUUCAGCGCUGCCCCCCAGGUAGGACCCUCUGUCACCUCCAAAAAGACCCUCAAAACAAGAAUGCCAUCUCCUCUGGGUACCCCACACCUAUCCUUCAGAGACUCCAGGACCACCCUUGAGGAGCCUGAGGCUGCACGACUCCAUUUCCGGGGUUUCUGCUAUGAGGAGGUUGAGGGACCCCGAGAGGCAUUGGCCCGGCUUCGAGAGUUGUGUCACCAGUGGUUGCAGCCUGAGUCAUCCUCCAAAGAGCAGAUGAUAGAGUUGCUGGUUUUGGAACAGUUCCUGGGUGUGUUGCCUCCUGAGAUCCAGGCCUGGGUUCGAGGACAGCGACCAGGAAGCCCCGAGGAGGCCGCUGCCCUUGUUGAGGAGCUGCAGCAUGAUCCUGGACAGCUGCUGGGCUGGAUCACAGCCCACAUCCUGAAGCCAAAGAUACUUCCUUCAGUCCAGAAGAUGGAGGAGUCCUCAGGGAGCCACCACAUCUCAGCAGCAAUGGAAUCCUCCAAGGCAGGCCCAGCGGAGGCACCGCAGGACGCAGGGAUAGACAGAUCUACCCAGAUCAGUUGCAGUGUGAAGGAGGAAGUCAGUGCUGAUGGGCAGGAGAUGGUAUCUCCAAGCACCCUCCUUCCAGCCCAGGGCCCUGAGGGACAUCUUGAACAUCAGGAAACAGCCUCCGUAUCGUUCCAGCCAGGAAGAAUCCAGGAGUGGGGCCUGAUGGACUCAUCACAAAAAGAGCUGUGCUGGGGUGUGAUGCCGGAGAAAUACAACACAGUGGUAUCCCAGGCAAGCCUGCCGCUGCUACAGCCAGAGACACAUGUUGACUCUGAGCUGAGACCAAAACAGGAGACCCCACAUGAAGGAUCAGAGUCCCUCGGGAGCCAUCCCCCAGAAGUGGGAGCCAUUGCAGAUCCAAGGCUAGUUCAAGCCACUCCAAGUGAAAGACAGAGCCCUUGCAAGGACCCUCCAGGCUUGUCUCCUACACCACUGCUUGAAGCCCCAGCUAGGCCCACACCUCGGAAGCUGUAUGUUUGUGAGCAGUGUGGCCUCAGCUUUGAUUGGAAGUCAGUUUUCAUCAUUCAUCUCCGCACACACACGAGAGGGCCAGGCCUGGAAAGACCAUCACAGGUAGCCUGGGAGCCGGCCAUGCGGCGCUCCCCUGGCCUUCGGGCCUAUACCUGUGUGGAGUGUGGGCGCAGCUUCAGCUGGAAGUCACAGCUGGUCAUCCACCGCAAGAGCCAUGCAGGCCAGCGGCGCCACUUCUGCGGGGACUGUGGGUGUAGUUUUGACUGGAAGUUUCAGUUGGUCAUUCAUAGGAAGAUCCACCAGCCAGAGGACCCAUGAGUAGCUGGAGAGGCAUGUCUCACCCUGGGUGCCUCCAGCCCCUGAUGCACCACUUCUGGCAUCCUCUUUAGCCAAGAGGAGGUUCUAAGGCACCCCAAGUAAGUCAGGGAUUGCAAGAAGAUUGCCCUGUCCAAUGCCAGGUUAUCCAGUGUAUGGAGAGGAGGCUGUUCCCUUCCUUUGGUUCCUGCUUUGUGGAGCCAGGCCUGGGUUGGAGUUACUAACCUAUGACUGGGGUCCAGCUUGUGCAAGAGGUGGACACUCCCUGCUUCAGGAUGCUCCGAAAUCACUUAGGUCCCUCCUAAGUGGCUGGGCAAGACAUCUCUGUGCAAGAUACUGGAAACCACAUCUGCCUUUCAAUCCUGCUGCAUGCGACCCUCAGACUAACAUGUUAGAUUUCUAAUGUAAGUUUUACUUCUAUAACAAGAAUUUCUAAGUAAACAUCCUGACUUUUGGUUCCACUGACCAAAAGAGCAGCCGUGUGUGCUAGUUAGCAGGCCACAGGAACCACAGGGCAGCCGGGCCCUGAAGAUCUAAUUAGUCACUUCUCUCCUCCAGCUACCCAGUUUCUUGUCCACACACAUUGCUCCCCACCUCCCUGGCCUUUGAAUUCCUGAACUUGGAUGGACUUGGAUGAAUAGUUGACUUUUCUUUGGGAGUGAGAAGGGACAAGAGUGGCUUCUGAGAAGUUAGACAACACGUAGGUGCCUCAGGCCAUGCAUGCCUCUGGGUGAAGGCUACACCCCACAUAGCCAGUUCACUACUAAACCGGAGGACAAAGGGCCACUCCCUACUGCCCAGGGAACAGUGACCCUCUGGACAGUCACUCAGGAUCUUUUCAGUGCACGGUGUCCUAUUAACUAUGCCUGUAAACUAGGUAGAUCAAAACAGAUUUACUUACUAAUUGUUCCGACAUCAAAGCGCUGAAGCAAGUCACACAAAUCAAAAACAGACUCACCCUGGAAGCUACCUGAGACCCUUGGCUGAUGACCUCUUUUUCCAUCUUUAGCAGUCGGUAGUUGUUUACCUUGGUGAAUCAUUCAUAUUUGAUUUCUGUUUGCAGGGCCUUUUGAGUGGCAUGGGGCCCGAUAUUCCAGGGUAAGGUGAUCACCUUAAGCUCAGACGAUAAAGUGGGACCUUUCUUUUGUUUGAGACAGGGUCUCCUAAUGCAGUAGCUGCUAACCUCUAACUGGUCCUCCUGUCUCAGCUUUCUAUAUGUUAAAACUAUAGGCUUAUACCACCAAGCCCAGGUUGAUAUUUUUAAAUUCUAUGUAUGUUUAAGACAGUCUCACUUUAAUGCCCUCAAACUAUCUGUAGUCCUCCAACCUCAGCCCCUGAGUGUUGGAAUUAAAGUUGUGUCAUUGGGCCAGGCUAAGACUUUAAAUUCUUUUAAUUUUAAAAUUUAGAAAUACAGAGCAGGAUUCAGUGUUGUAGGCAGAUCUCUGUUAGUUUGAGGUCAGACUGCUUUAUAUAGUGUGUUCCAGGAUAGCCUGGGGCUAUGUAGUGAGAUCCUGUCUUAAAAAUAAAUAAAGAAAUAAGCAAAUAAAUUCUGAAGAUGGGCACAUCAAAGUGUCAUCUAGAAA